AUGGCGGACGCCAAGUCGCCCCCGAAACCGGUGCACACUAUCGUGCUCGAUGCUGGUCCUAUCUUGAAAAAUACCCCGCCGCUGUCUACUCUUCUCGCACAAUGUGAGGAGCUCGUGACCACGCCGUCAGUUGUCAAUGAAAUUCGGGAUCCCGAUGCCCGCAUGCGAGUCCAGACACUAUAUCUUCCUUUCCUCAAGCAGCGGAGCCCGAAUCCCAAGAGCAUCAGCGUUCUGAGCGAAUUCGCCAGGAAGACAGGAGACCGGGCGGUGCUGAGCAAGACCGAUAUCGAAGUUCUGGCACUGGCCUACGAGUUGGAAUGUGAGAGGAACGGCGGCGAUUGGAGGCUUAGGAGUGUUCCGGGGCAAAAGCAAGUCAACGGGAAACCACCUGUCAAGGAGGAGGAGAGCAAAGCGGAACAAAAGGACAACGAGGAGAUAACACCUGCUUCAACGGAGCAGCACGAGGAUAGUGCCGAUGUGGAUGCAGUUGCUGAGGACUUGAAGUCAACUACUCUCGAGCCUACCGAAGAGAUCGCUGCUUCUGAGGAGACUGCUGAACCAGAAGCAACCGAAGAACCCACAGAAUCCACAGAAGAUGUGGAUGUGCAAGAAGAAGAUGACCCAGAAUCGGAUGGUGGCGAGUGGAUUACGCCGUCGAACUUGAAGAAGAUGCAGAUUCGUGAUGAGACGCAGGAUGCCUCGUCCACCCCAGAGCCGAAGGUGAUGCAGGUCGCGACGAUGACCACUGACUUUGCGUGCCAAAACGUCCUACUUCAAAUGAACCUCAACUUGCUUUCCACAGCGACGUUGCAACGGAUUCGUCACCUGAAGUCCUUCAUCAAGCGGUGCCAUGGCUGUUUCUUUACCACCAGGGAAAUGAACAAGCAAUUCUGCCCACGCUGUGGAAAGGAUACCCUUACUCGUGUCUCGUGCACCACGGAUGCGAACGGACAAUUCAAGAUGCACCUGAAGAAGAACAUGCAAUGGAACAACAGGGGAAACCGAUUCAGCGUCCCCAAGCCUACCCACGGCAGCUCAAAUGGGAAGUGGCAGGGGGGCGGUGGUCAGGGUGGAUGGGGAAAUGGACUCAUGCUCGCUGAAGACCAGAAGGAGUACGUCCGAGCCGUCACCGAGGAGCAGAGGCGACUUCGGAGAGAGCGCGACCUUAUGGACGAAGACUACCUCCCUGGCAUUUUGACCGGAGAGAGGAACAGACAGGGCGGGAGGAUCAAGGUCGGAGCUGGCAGGAACGUCAACUCGAGGAGGCGGUAA